AUGACCCCGUCCGUCCCCAUAAGCGACUUCACUCUACACGCUGGAACCUCCCAAACACCCGUAUGGACACAGAGCAUCCCCUUCACCCUCACUGCCACAGCCGUGACGGACCUCUGGCGCAAACCAGGGCAUAUUGCUCAUGAAAUCAAUAGUAUCACGACCUCUAUGCCGCUCUCUUCAUUCGCCCGUGCUACGGCAACCUUCCGUACGGAAGCCUUCCACACACUUUACGAUCAGGCCGGGCUCGUGUUCUUGUUUCCACCGCGUGAGGAUGGACACCCGGAGCGGUGGGUUAAGGCGGGAGUAGAAGUCGUAGGGGGGGUGCCGAGGGUCUCGGUGGUAGCUGCCGAUAAGGCGUCCUGGGCAGACUGGUCACUUGCGGGGGGAGACGAGGGAGUAAAGAAGGAUACAAUGACGUUGGAGAUCGUGAGAGAAGGGCCAAGUUUGGUAAUGAACAUGGUGGGCAAGGGAGAGGAGAGGAGUGCAGUGAGGGAGGUGGCUUGGGUUUUCGAAGGUGGAUUGGUGAGCGAGGGGCCCGAAAUUAGUGUGGGAGUAUACGUAGCAAAGCCCACGAAGGAUGAGGGGUCUCCAAUAUUGGAGGUGUGUUUUGAGGCGAUGAAGGUGUGGAAGAUUGGCCCCGAUGGAGAGGAGAUCGUGUAA